AUGGGUAUUUCCAGGGAUUCCAUGCACAAGAGGCGUGCAACUGGAGGCAAGAAGAAGUCGUGGAGAAAGAAGAGAAAGUAUGAGCUUGGGCGCCAAUCAGCAAACACCAAGUUAUCAAGCAACAAGACAAUCCGGAGGAUUCGUGUUAGAGGUGGAAAUGUAAAAUGGAGGGCGCUGAGGUUGGAUACUGGAAAUUAUUCGUGGGGUAGUGAAGCAGUUACCCGGAAGACUCGAAUUCUAGAUGUUGUUUACAAUGCCUCAAACAAUGAGCUUGUGAGAACUCAGACUCUGGUCAAGAGUGCUAUUGUUCAGGUUGAUGCUGCACCUUUCAAGCAGUGGUACCUUCAGCACUAUGGUGUUGAUAUCGGCAGAAAAAAGAAAGCAGCAUCCAAGAAGGACUCUACUGAGGAGGGCGAGGCUGCUGCUGAAGAAACGAAGAAAAGUAACCAUGUGCAGAGAAAACUAGAGAAACGCCAGAAAGAUCGCGAACUUGAUUCCCAUAUUGAAGAGCAAUUUGGUGGUGGCCGAUUGUUGGCAUGUAUUUCUUCUCGCCCUGGACAAUGUGGCAGGGCUGAUGGGUACAUUCUGGAAGGUAAGGAGCUGGAGUUUUACAUGAAGAAACUCCAGAGGAAGAAGGGAAAAGGUGCUACUUAA